AACUUCUCCAAGACGCAGCGGCUGCGGGUGAUGGAGGAGCGCUCGCGGAUCAUGGAGCAGCUGCGGGAGAACACGCGCCGCCGCGUCCUGGCGUUUGUGCAGGACACUAGCCGCUACCACCCGCUGCUGCGCGACCUCAUCCGCCAGGCGCUGCUGGGCGUGCGGGCGGACGCCGUCGUGCGGACCCGCCGCGAGGACGCGGCCGCGGUGCGGGGGAUGCUGCGCGAGGCGGAGGAGUGGUACGCGGCGCGGGCCGGGGCGCGGCUGCGCGUGACGCUCAGCGACGACCCCCUCGACGCCGCGGAGGCGUGGGGCGGCGUCGUCGUCACCUCGCAGGACGGCCACAUCAUCUGCAACCUCACGCUCGCCUGCAGGACGCGCAACUGCUUCGCCGACCAGCUCCCCGCGGUGCGCUACUUCCUCUUCAACGCCGCCGCCGUCGCCUGA